CGCUCACCGCGCUUCCCUGCUUGUCCCGCAGAGGCCGAGACCCGCCAGAGGCUGCUGCGCACUGUGAAGAAGGAGGUGAAACAGAUCAUGGAAGAAGCCGUUACCCGAAAGUUCGUCCAUGAAGACAGCAGUCACAUCAUCUCCUUCUGUGCGGCCGUGGAGGCCUGCGUGCUGCACGGGCUGCGGCGGAGGGCGGCCGGCUUCCUGCGAAGCAACAAGAUCGCGGCGCUCUUCAUGAAGGUGGGCAAAGGCUUCCCUCCUGCUGAGGAGCUGAGCCGCAAGGUCCAGGAGCUAGAGCAACUCAUUGAGAGCGCGCGAAACCAGAUCCAGGGCCUGCAAGAGAACGUGCGGAAGCUGCCGAAGCUGCCCAACCUGUCCCCGCUGGCCAUCAAGCACCUGUGGAUCCGCACCGCCCUGUUCGAGAGGGUCCUGGACAAAAUCGUCCACUACCUGGUGGAGAACAGCAGUAAAUACUACGAGAAGGAAGCUCUCUUGAUGGACCCGGUGGACGGACCCAUCCUGGCAUCUUUGUUGGUGGGGCCUUGUGCCCUGGAGUAUACCAAGAUGAAGACUGCAGACCACUUCUGGACUGACCCCUCAGCCGACGAGCUGGUCCAGAGACACCGGAUCCACAGCUCGCAUCUGAGACAGGACUCACCCACCAAGCGGCCGGCGCUCUGUAUCCAGAAGAGGCAUUCCAGCGGCAGCAUGGACGACCGACCAUCCAUCUCUGCCCGGGACUAUGUAGAAUCUUUGCACCAGAACUCCAGGGCCACCCUGCUCUACGGAAAGAACAAUGUUCUGGUUCAGCCAAGGGAUGACAUGGAGGCUGUGCCAGGGUACCUGUCUCUACACCAGACAGCUGAUGUCAUGACCUUGAAGUGGACACCCAAUCAGCUGAUGAACGGGUCUGUGGGGGACCUGGACUACGAGAAGAGUGUCUACUGGGACUACGCUGUGACCAUCCGCUUAGAGGAGAUAGUUUACCUGCAUUGCCACCAACAAGUGGACAGCGGUGGGACCGUCGUGCUGGUGAGCCAGGAUGGAAUCCAGAGGCCGCCCUUCCGCUUCCCCAAGGGAGGGCACUUGCUACAGUUCCUCUCCUGUCUGGAGAAUGGGCUGCUUCCGCACGGGCAGCUGGACCCGCCGCUUUGGUCACAGAGAGGAAAGGGGAAGGUAUUUCCUAAGCUGCGCAAGCGGAGCCCACAGGGGUCCUCCGAGUCCACAUCUUCGGACAAGGAGGAUGACGAAGCCACGGAUUACGUGUUCCGCAUCAUCUACCCUGGCACACAGUCUGAAUUCGUGCCCCAGGACCUAAUGGAUGUCUCUAUGAACAACCUUCCAUCCCUAUGGCAACCCAGUCCUCGGAAGUCCUCCUGCUCUUCCUGUUCGCAAAGCGGCUCAGCUGACGGCAGCUCAACCAAUGGCUGUAACCAUGAGAGGGCCCCACUGAAACUGCUCUGUGAUAACAUGAAGUACCAGAUCCUUUCCAGAGCUUUCUAUGGAUGGCUCGCCUACUGCAGACACCUGUCCACCGUGAGGACCCACCUGUCGGCCCUGGUCAAUCACAUGAUCGUGUCUCCAGACCUGCCCUGUGAUGCUGGGCAAGGGUUGACGGCCAGCAUCUGGGAGCAAUAUAUCCAGGACAGCACGACUUACCCGGAGCAGGAGCUGCUGCGUCUCAUCUACUAUGGAGGUGUCCAGCCUGAGAUCCGCAGGGCAGUGUGGCCCUUCCUCCUGGGCCACUACCAGUUUGGGAUGACGGAGAUGGAGAGGAAAGAGGUGGACGAGCAGAUCCACGCCUGCUACGCACAAACCAUGUCAGAGUGGCUGGGCUGUGAAGCUAUCGUGAGACAGAGGGAGAGGGAAUCCCACGCGGCUGCCCUGGCUAAGUGCUCUUCCGGAGCCAGCCUGGACAGCCACCUUCACCGGAUGCUGCACCGGGACUCUACCAUCAGCAAUGAGUCCUCACAGAGCUGCAGCUCAGGCCGCCAGAACCUCCGACUGCAGAGCGACUCCAGCAGCAGCACACAGGUAUUUGAGUCUGUGGAUGAGGUGGAGCAGACAGAGGCAGAAGGCAGGUCAGAAGAAAAACAUUCCAAGAUCCCCAAUGGGAACCCAGCAAAUGGCACUUGCUCCCCAGACUCCGGACACCCUUCCUCCCACAACUUCUCCUCUGGCCUCUCUGAGCACUCCGAGCCCAGUCUUAGCACCGAAGACAGUGUCUUGGAUGCCCAGCGCAGCCUCCCCGCCGUAUUUCGGCCUGGAGACAGCAGCGUGGAAGAUGGGCAGAGCAGCGAAGCCACCACUUCCCGGGACGAGGCCCCUCGGGAGGAGCUGGCAGUGCAAGACAGUCUUGAGAGUGACCUCCUCGCCAAUGGGAGCUUGGAGGAGUUCAUGUCCAUCCCUGGCAGCCUGGACAUGGCCCUGCCUGAGAAGGAUGGCGCCAUGAUAGACGGCUGGUCCAGUGAGGCGGACAAGCACGGUCGAGCCGACAGCGAGGACAACCUCUCUGAGGAGCCUGAGAUGGAGAGCCUGUUCCCCGCCCUGGCUUCUCUGGCUGUGACCUCCUCUGCCAACAACGAGGCGUCCCCUGUGUCCUCCAGUGGUGUUACCUACUCUCCAGAGCUACUGGACCUGUACACGGUGAACCUGCACCGCAUCGAGAAAGACGUGCAGAGGUGCGACCGCAGCUACUGGUACUUCACGGCUGCCAACCUGGAGAAGCUGAGGAACAUCAUGUGCAGCUACAUCUGGCAGCACAUUGAGAUCGGCUACGUUCAGGGCAUGUGUGAUCUCCUGGCCCCGCUGCUGGUCAUCCUGGAUGAUGAGGCCCUGGCCUUCAGUUGCUUCACGGAGCUGAUGAAGAGGAUGAACCAAAACUUCCCCCAUGGAGGCGCCAUGGACACACACUUUGCCAACAUGAGGUCUCUGAUCCAGAUCCUGGACUCCGAGCUCUUUGAGCUGAUGCAUCAGAACGGUGACUACACCCACUUCUAUUUCUGCUACCGCUGGUUCUUGCUGGAUUUCAAACGAGAGCUGGUCUAUGAUGACGUCUUCUCCGUGUGGGAAACUAUCUGGGCCGCUAAGCAUGUGUCCUCCGCCCACUACGUGCUGUUCAUUGCGCUGGCGUUGGUGGAAGUCUACCGAGACAUCAUCCUGGAGAAUAAUAUGGACUUCACUGACAUCAUCAAGUUCUUCAAUGAAAUGGCCGAGCGGCACAAUGCGAAGCACAUUCUACAGCUCGCCCGGGACCUCGUGCAUAAGGUGCAGAUUCUGAUUGAGAACAAGUGAGGAUCUGCCGUGGUUCACCACCCCCACCCACCCUCCUGCAGCCCAGCACGAGGUCCUAGCAUCUGUGGACCAGCGUGGACUUCUGUGCAGAGAGCCAUGCUCUUACCCUUGGCCACUGGGCAGUGGGGUAGAGAAGAAUCCAUCUCAGCCUUACGUUUCCUGCUUGACCAAAGAUUGUCCAAGUCUGGGAUUUCCCCCUUUCUUGGGAGUUGCGAUUGUGAGUGGCUAGAGGUGGCCUCUGGCUCUGUUCUUCUUCCUUUCCUCUGUUCCUUCCUCAUCUGUACAGGAGAGGCCUCUGGGGUUUCCUCUGCACCCAGCAAGGAAGGGCCUUUGGAGGUGUUCCAGAACGUUCCUGCCAGGCUGGCUUGGAACAGGCCUCACAGUAGGCAUUGCUCACAUUCAAAGUCCCAGAUGUUUUUGAGCAUCAUGCCUGCCUUCGAACCACCAGGUCACCCCCCCCCCAAUCCCCAGAGGUGACCCUGACGUCCCUUUACAGCUUGUGUGCCCCACCGAGAACCACUGGCUUGGAGGAGGGGCUACCAGCAUGUCCCCAUGUAUCCUUCUCACCCAAGGUCUGUUCUGUGCCCCUGGUAGAAGCAUCUGACUCAGCCCUGCCUGAGUCCUUGAUCUAAUGAUCUUAACUCCCUGCGUUUUCUGACUUUCCUCUAUCCGCUUCCAGGAGACUCUCUUUAGAAAAGGCAUCCAUCCUGUAGGUGCCCUAGGGAUCCAGGAAGUGUUUGUAGGAAGAAGUUAGGAGCUCCUGAUGAGAGCCCAGCCCUUACUAUCCCACCCUCAAGGAGACCUCCCUGCCAUCACCGGUGAUCUGGGCUCAGAAGCCUGCAGACUUGAUGGAAGCCAUGCUCAGCGAUGCUGGGUUUUCUCUAAACACUUUGUUCACUCAGGACAGAGGCCCGAUGAGCCAGGGGGUUGGCUCAUGGCAGGGUUGGUCUGUGUUCCGUGAUGGAGAGCUUGGGGCCAGGGCUGGAUCUGAGUAUGUUCCCUCUAUACCUUCAUACCAAGAUCUCCUGAUCCCUAACAGUGACCCCGAGUGAGCUUUCGUGCCCGCUCACAGUCUCUUAGUAAAGCAGUCCAGGCUGCAGCAGAAAUCAACACUCAUAGAGGAAACUUGUCCCCGGGACCUGCAGCCUCUAUGGCAAUCAAGCAGUGGCAGGUAGGAUUUUAUAAAGAGGAGGUGUACAUGGCUUGAGGCAUCUGCAGAGGGUACCUUCAGUCUUGAGCCCCACUCUGUGGGCUUCUGGUCACCUCCCCGCCUCGGCCACACCUCUUGAACCAGAACCUCUGUCUCCCACUCAGGGGGCAGGGUGAACAGAGAGAGACCUGUAAUCCCAGUAGAACACUGAUGUUGCUUCAGCCCCACCUCUGCCCAGGGCAGCAGGAAGGGUGGUUGCUGUGUAGAGUUACACUUCCCAGUGAGGUACCCUAGCUUCCCAAGAUGGGGGAAGAGAGGCCGUCAGAUAAAAGUUUAUUUUGCUGGUGCAGAGGAUGAUAUUUUAGCACAGCCAGGUCCGAACCCCCCGACCCUUAUUUAUUUUUGUAACUGACCAGUGUGGAGUAUAGCACAAGAUUUCCCUCAGCCUCCCUUGCGCCUCCCGAGCGCGUGCUUGUGAUACUGAGUGCCUCGUAUUUAUUCUAUUUUACCAGCCGAUGUCUGUGUGUGGUGUUUCCUGAUGUCCUGGAGUUGGGCGUGGGGGUAACAGUUUCCUCCUGCCCAAGGCGUUCUGUUUUUAACGUUGCCCAAGUGUCUUGUAAAUGUUCACUGCAAAGAUGUCUAUUCAGAGCAAAUAUAUCUGAGCAGAAAA